AUGUAUCUCCCUGUGGAUACCUUUGACUUUCAAAAAUCCAUCGAUUCUGACCAGGCCGACAGAAGCCAACAAGCUGCUGACCAUUCUAUGAGCGGCAUGAAUUCGCCCCCUCCACCACCCCAACACGACCACGCUUCGACCCCAAACUCGCCCUCACAAGUACCUGCCAAAUUCCCUCUUCAGCAGCAUGGACCAAGCAUGCCUACUCCAGAGCCAAAACGUGAAGAUUCUGAAGGUUUGUUCCUUUCAGAAAUUCAAUACGCACCUUCGGCGAAUGGGCUCGAAGAAGUCGCAGGUGAGGAGCACUUCACACCGGAACCGACUAGAGGUGGCAACUCACUACACCUGCGCGCGCUUGCUAGUCCAAUUGAUUUUGGUUCCCUGUAUGCAGACGCUCCACUCGAACAGCCUUUUGGUGUUAAUUCACGUCGCAAUGCCUCUAUUCACUCGUCUGCAGCCCGGAUUGAUCCUACGCCUAAGCCAGCUCCCUCAAUUACGAUUGAAGACCACAACGACCGUGCAUCCCCUACCCCAUCCCCAUCCGCAUCUCCAUUUUCCUCUGAAGAUGAUAAUUUGGGCACCCAGGUUGAGCAACUUACAAUCGAAGAUGAUGACAUUGUAAUGAUCAAUGCAAAAGAUGCACCCAUAAAGGUGCAAAGGAGAUGGUCUCAAAAACAAUUCUCCACUGUACUCGAGAAACCCGUUACCGUUAAACAAGAACCAUCAGACAGGGCUACAAUUCGCCUCCCUACACCUGCUGCCAACCCACUUACCAUUCAACAGAUGCAGCAAAUGAUGGCUGCUCAGAAGUUAAUGAUACAGGGUUCAUUCCGGAAGAAGGAUGCGACCAAAGCAAGCAUGUUCGGUGCACGUAAGUCCGUCGAGGCAGAAAGCAGUAAUCGAAAGCGACCAUCGUUUGUUCAGAUAGCAGAUGAGCACGAGAAUACUAAGGCUGCAAUGGGAGACGCGGACGAGACUGAUCUUAGUUGGAUGGAUGAGGAAGAUACAGGUCGUGACGAAGAGUACGAGAAUUUGGUGACGAUUAGAGAUUCUCUUCAGAUGAGACAGAAGAAUAGCAAAAUCACCCAAGAUGAGAAGUUUGAACUGUAUAAUCUUAAGAGGAGAAUCGAGAGCAAGGAUCGUGUCAAGCGAGCUGUUGCUCAUGCUCUGGAUCAACAGGAUGAAGAGGACGAAGACAGCUUAUUCGUUCCCGAAGAAAGAGAAGAAGUUGUUGGUCGUCACAUUAGAGAGAGGCCAACGAAGAGCACCCUCCAAACUGGAGAUGAUCCCGAGGAUCCAGGUUUUCGCCAAAUGCUGCAUGAAUAUAACGGUAGCAAUGGAUUGGAUGACUCUGGAAAUCCCAAACCGAGCAAAGGCAAACCACGGAAGAAGGCAACUGGCAAGAGACCCGCCAAUGCUCGAGAGUUCCGCGCCCAAGAGGAUGCAAAGCGUGAACAAGAUCGUGCCAAGGCUCAGAAGGGCAAGAGGGCACCAGCUGCUAAGAACGGUGGAAAGAAGGUAGCGGCCAAGCCAAAAGGUAAGGGCAAGGCUGCUAAGAACGACAAGGCUGCGAAUAGACCAAAUGUCACGACCCGUUCCGAGUCUCUUCUUCGACCUGUAAACGGAUUUGAUCGUAGCAGUGGCCAGGAUCCUGCCGGUCGGAUUAUUCUUGAAGAUUUGUUCCGCAAUGAUCCUAUCAACGACCGAAUCAAUAAUCCUGCCUUUGAUGUUGACCCAGAAGUUGCUAUUGAAGGUCAACAACGCAAGUCCUCACAGUUUCAAAAGCUGUUCGCCAAUAUCCCUUCUGGAGGAAAUAAGAAUACUAUUAGAGAUGACAAGAAGAAGUUGCAGGUAGCGUCCAAAUCGUUUGGGUAUGCGAAGGUACGAGCUGUUAAUGGCAAGUGGUUGAUCAAGGGCAUGACAUCGCCUCUGUACCACCAUCAGCUUCUGGGGGCUCAAUGGAUGAUCAGUCGCGAGCUUAGCGCUGAGCCUCCACACGGCGGGUUACUUGCUGAUAGUAUGGGUCUAGGAAAGACCGUUCAAACACUCGCCUGCAUGGUCGGUAACCCUCCCUCCGCCCUUGACUUGAAGCAAGAUAGAAAGGCCACUUUGAUCGUCGUCCCAGCUGCUGUACUUGACCAAUGGAUGGAAGAGAUCGAGUUCCACACUGAACCAGGAUUGUUUAAAAAGGUUAUAAGAUACAAGACCAGUUCGCAAAUCUCCAAGGCUAUCUUGGAAGAUAUGGAUAUCGUCGUUACUACUUAUAACGAGGUGAUGCGACAGUUUCCUUUUCCUGAUAAAAAGGAACGGUUGAUUAUUGAGACAAUUGGCUGGCGAAACUGGUGGAUGCAAGCUAUGCAGCACGUUGGUGAUUUGCACAAGGUCGGCUGGUACCGGAUUGUACUAGACGAGGCCCAUGCAAUUAAGAACAAUGCUACGAGAACCUCUCUAGCAUGUCAGAACCUCAAGUCCGUCUACCGGUGGUGCCUAACUGGUACUCCAUUGCUUAAUCGUCUUGAAGAGCUCUUCCCAUACCUUCGCUUCCUGAGGGCUCACUAUUCUAUUGAUAUUCAGACCUUUCAAAAGUAUUUCUGUGACCCUAAAUCAGAUGAAUCGCAGAAGCGUAUUGCUACCUUGCUCAGCUACACCAUGAUGCGUCGCACAAUGAGCACGACCAUUAUGAACCGUCCUAUUAUCGUACUCCCAGAGCCGCAUCCUGUCGUUCUCUACAUCAACUUUUCUCCUGAGGAGCAGAUUAUCUAUCGGAUUACCGAGAAUAGAUUUCGCGCUAACCUCAACCGCUAUUUCGAAGUAGGUGAAGCCCGCCGCAACUAUAGCAUCUUUAUGGUUCAGCUUCUGCGUCUCCGCCAAUGUACCUCCCACCCCUUCAUGCUUGAACGCACCAUCAAAGAAGCCUGGACCCUCGAGGACGUUGACGAACUAAAGGAUAAGUUUGAAAAACUUAAAGUUCGCGGAGCUAAACCGUUCUACGAGCAAACUAAGGUCUGGGUUCAGGAAUCAGAAGAAAUCAGAGCCAAUGCGGCCGCAAAUGGUGAGGAACUCGGACCUUUAUUGCCGUUUGGACGGGGGAAUUAUGGCAAGAAGUUCGAUAUGCAGAAGGCGUUCAGUGGGCUCAGUGAGUCUGAGCUACACCAGAGGGUCAAUUGUGGCGUUUGUAGUGAUGUGCCCGAUGCACCAAUGGAGACUGAUUGUGGACAUCUGUUCUGUAGGGAUUGUCUUGAGGCAUAUUUGCAUGAUGUUGCGGCUGGUGGUGAUGAUGAAUUCACAACCUGCCCCUCCUGCAAUCAAAUAUUCACUGAAGCGAAACCCCGCGAGAUCGCCAGCGACGACGACGAUGGCCGCAAGGGUAAGAAGCGUGUGCUUCCGCCAAAUAGCAAGGGUCGUGAUGCCCUGAACUUCGAGCCCGCUGUUGAGAGUGUUUGGCUGUACAAGAGCGACGUCGACCCUGAAUUCCCUCUUACUCCUUCCGCCAAGACUGCUGCUCUGAAGUCUACACUGCUGAAGGGUUUUGAAGAGGCGCCGUUAGAUAAGGUAGUCAUCUACGUCCAGUUUCGCCUCCUAGCCUCCAUCAUAGGUCGCAUGUGUGCCUCUGAAGGCUGGGGUUUCCUUUACCUGAGUGGUGAUUGCUCUCUCGAACACCGGACCAAGGCUACGAAGAUGUUCAGAGAUGACUCCGAUAUCAAGAUCCUGGUUUCUGGGCUGAAAUGUGGUGGUGUAGGCCUCAACUUCCCCUGGGCCAACCGCUGCAUUUCUUUAGACCUGUGGUGGAACCACGCCGUCGAGCAACAAGCAUUCGGUCGCAUCUUCCGGAUCGGGCAAAUCAAAGAGACGUACAUGACGCGCAUCGUAGUUAAAAACAGCGUCGAUAUGCGUCUCCUCACCAUGCAGAUACACAAACUACGAGAUCUAGAAAAGGCCAUCACGAAGGGUGACCAGAGCAAGGGCCUCAGUCUCAUGGAGUUGGCUAACCUGUUUGGGUUCUUGCGCACGAGUGGUGAUGGGGUGAUUAUGGGCGUGGAGGCUGAUUAUGAUGAUGGUAGUAGUAGUGGUGGUGGUGGGGCUAGUGAAGGUAUGGAUCUUGAUUAG